AGGUGCUGAUCUCUAUUAACUAUUUAAAAAUACUUGUAAUUUUUCAUUACUACAACUUAUUUAGCAGAUAACAUUGAAGUAUUGAACAAAAAUUACUCUCUUUAAUCUAUCUUCACUUCACUAGCCUUCCCAAUUUUCUUAUUGGCUUCCAUACCUCCAACUUUUGGUUGGAAUAUCCCUCCAGCCAUAUCUUUGUGAUUCGAUUUGAUGAUUAUUGUCAUACUUCUGUAAUGAUAUAUAUAUAUAUAUAUAUAUGUAUAUUGCUUUCUUUUAUUAUCCUUGUAGAUCUGAAAUUCAUGAAAAGAUGAGCUGCAUCCGUUAUCAAAACUAUGAUGCAGUGGUAGAUGACAUGCUUGAUGAAGUAAAUGAGGUAGAUGGUGCCAGCUCAACAAAUGAAGGUUGUCAAUCUGAUCAAGAGGAUAUAGGAGGAUGAGCUGCAUUUUUGAUUGUAUAUUAAGAAAAGUGUUCCUGUAUUUUAUGUUGGUUUCCCUGAAACUGUGCCGAUUAGAACCGUGAAUAGGCAGUGUUCUUCUGGUCUUCAGGCAGUUGCUGAUGUAGCUGCAGCUACUAAAGCUGGAUUUUAUGAUAUUGGUUGAGUCAUAUAGGAAGGCUGCUGCUGCAACUGCCUCUGGUAAAUUUAAAGAGGAAAUAAUCCCUGUGGAUACCAAGAUUGUUGAUCCAAAAACUGGAGAUGAGAAACCCGUGACGAUCUCAGUUGAUGAUAGAAUUUGGCCAAACGCAACGAUAUCAGACUUGGCAAAACUAAAGCCUGCAUUUAAGAAAGAUGGGACAACCACUACUGGUAUUUUUAAGCACUGCUGGUAUAACAUGCAUACAGAAACCCAAGGGAACAAGGACACACUACUAUACUUGGGGAUCCCAAAUCCUAUUAUCUUUUGAUUUUGGGUUCAAUUUAAUGAAUGGUUUUGGAUGGAAUUUACCUCUGUUAGUUAAUAAAUGGGUUUUUUUUUAAUUAAAAAAAAUUAUUUAUAGAUUUAUCUUGAAAGAAUAACUAGAAGAGUGGUUUCCAAUGGAAGAAAGUCAACCAAUAUAUAUGUGUGUAUGUGUGUGUGUGUGAAUGCAGUCCCAUCUAGUUGAUCAUUUUGAAGUUUCUAAUCAUUUGUCUCAAUUGAGGUGCAAAACUUCUAGGUGUAAGUUUCUGUAAGUUUCUAAUCAUUUGUCUCAAAUAUGGGUUUUGUUGCUCUGCUCUUUACCUAAUUUGGCUUGACCUCAGUCAGUUUCAGUUUUUGCUUGACCUCAGUUCUUACAAUUUGACCUAUAAAUACAGUUUCUGCACUUCAAUUAUAGAGCAUCUUAUGGGAUAAUGAUGUGAAAAGCACAAAGCACACUUUGAAGGAAAUGAUAAUGCAUUUUUCUUCCCUUGAACACUCGGAAGGAAAGGCUGUGAUUAAAUUUGAAACAUUGGCAAAUCUAUCUAAGUAUAUUAUUGGUUUUUUUUUUUUUUU